AUGCUUCUCCGAGCUUCUGCAGCGCUAGAAGCACCUUCGGGAUGCUGCGAGGGGCUCCCGAUGGGUGGUGGUACAAUAGCUGCGGCCGCCGCCACCAGUCCUGCCGCUGGGAGCCCACGGCUACAAAAACAAGUGAGUGAGAAGAGGUGGGAGGAAAAGAAACUACGCCACCUCCCCUGCAGCCGAGCGCACGCAGGAGCCUGGCGUGACAAGUGGGCGACGGCGGGGGGCAGGGAGCCUGGGGUCCUCGGCACUGGCCAGGGGACCCCGCUGCCCAUCGCGCCGCGCAGAACAAGUUUGCCGGCAGCUCCGGCCACCAGCCCUGCACCUGUCUCCAGAGUCUCCAUCACUCCGCGCGAUCAUCCCGGGGAAAUUCUCGAAGAAUAUGCUGUACAAAUCUACGUGCGCAUCAUUUUCCUCUGGCGUCUGGACGCUCGCUCGGGAGGAAAGGACGGGGAAGGCGAUGGAAGCGGCGUGCGUUCCGCCCAGAGGGAAAAAAAUGGAAAAAGCAAACGUACUUUCAAUGCAACCAAAAAAACCACUGAACAGGACAUGUCCAGCCUGCACUUGGGGAUCCUUUUGGUGACUGUUCAACCGUGCUGCUUUUCUGAACAAUGCCUCCAGAGGAUUUCUGCACCUGGAAAAUCCCUGCCAACAGAUUGCCUUUACACCCUAUCUGCACAGACCUCCAGAAUGGAAGAAUUGGAGCAUGGAGACGGACCACAGCACCAGGAACCUCCUAAGACGCAGGCAGAAGUGAUACCUUCUAUGGACUUUAGACAUGGAGAGAACCUUUUCUGGCUGUGGUCAGAGGGAGUUGUGCCUGUGGAGGAAGGUCAGAGAGAUGUGCCAUCACUGCUACUGAAGAGCAGGGGAGAAGAGUUCAGCUCCCUCUGGAAGCUGGGAAAGGCAGGACAGCGCCUCCAGAAAGGGACUCAGCCUUUCCGAUGCCUUGAGUUUUCCCCAGUGAACCUGUUUGGACUUGUGACCUUCAGAAUUCUAAAACAAUAAAUUUGUGUUUUUUUAAUUUAA